AUGUUGAAAAGACUUCGAAAUGUACACGUAGUGUUUUGGACGAUAUUUAUAGUACUCCCUAUAAUAUUUAUCUUUGCCAGGUCUGUGGUAUUACUAAGUACUCCUGCACGCCACAAAAUACGAAAGCUCACAAACUUCCCGAAUGUCGCCAAACAAGCCUUACAUGUGCAGCACCCUAAAGUAAAAACGGAAGCUGAUAUCAUGAUAGUCGGGUAUAUCCGUGGAGGGUCAACAUUCCUGGGAGAGCUGAUGGGGAUCAGAAAGGAUAGUUUUUAUCUGUAUGAACCGCUGUACAGACUCAGUAAACUUGGCUACUACAAACCUGGGUAUCAUUGUAACACUAUGGACACCUACUGUACUGGAGCGAUGAAAAUGGAUAUGCAUGCCCUUGGUUUUCUUAAAUCCAUAUACAGCUGUGAUUUCCGACUGAUGGAGGGCAAGAUAUCGCUUUGGAGUUUUGCCAAGGGACGUGGAGACUUCAACUGGACAAAGUCACUAACAGACUGCAAUGGACAGUUUCAAAAUUGUUUCAACAAACAAAUCCGCCGAUGCGUUAGUGCAACAUCUAUAGUUACCAAGGUCGUAAGAGUGACCGUAGGUUUAGUAGGUAGAAUGCUUCACAAGUAUCCUAAUUUGAAAAUUGUGCACUUAAUGAGAGAUCCACGAGCUGUGAUUAACUCAAGGAUGGAAAUAUGGCCAUCAAAUACAAAGAAUAUCCUAGAGUCUGCACGCAGUCUGUGUCGGAAAAUGAAGGAAGAUUUCAUGGAUUCUAAGCGAUUGCUAAUACAAAAUCCUAAUAGGGUUCGCACUGUGUUUUAUGAGGAUUUAGCAAUGGACCCGAUCACCGUUACAAAAGAUUUAUAUAAAUUUGCAAAUUAUAGUUUUACUGCAGAUGAUGAAAUAAGAAUCAGACAAAUGACCGAAUCUGAUUUAACUGUGGAAAAGGCACAGCGUAAAUGGAGCUUGUUCAAACCAAAUUCCAGUGAUACUGCCCGACAAUGGCGCCUGACUAUCCCCCCAUCCGUUUCACUUCUGACCGGGCUGGGGUGUUCAGAGAUAUACGAUAUGGCUAGAUAUCCGGAGCUUAAGACAAAGGAUGACUUGCGGAACUCUAGUAUCCCUCUUAGACUCCCUAUAAGCUCAAAAUCGCUGUUGCAUGACUAUCUCAGUCAUAAUGGUUGAACAUUGCAAAGUGUAUACGUUAUAUAUGGCACUGAUAAAUAAUCUCUAGCAAAAAGUCCUGAUAUAAUGAGCAAUACUUUGACGAAUAUUCCGAUAAACUCGGGUCAGUUACAUGUGGAAUAUGGACCCUCUUAUAUAUUAAUGAUUAAUUAAAGAAGCUUGUAUAAA